AUGAGCAGCAAAGUCUCCCGCGACACCCUCUAUGAGGCAGUGGGGGAAGUCCUGCACCGGAACCAGCGCAAGCGCAGGAAGUUUCUGGAGACUGUGGAGCUUCAGAUCAACCUGAAGAACUAUGACCCUCAGAAGGACAAACGCUUCUCAGGCACCGUCAGGCUUAAGUCCACUCCCUGCCCCAAGUUCUCCAUGACAGAUGAUGAGCUUGUGUACAACAUCCACUUAGCUGUCAACUUCCUGGUGUCCUUGCUCAAGAAAAAUCAGCAGAACGUCAGGGCCUUGUACAUUAAGAGCACCAUGGGCAAGCCUCAGCGUCUGUACUAA